GCUACGUCCAUAGCUGAGCAUGGGGGGAAGUGGAUCCUCUCUCGUAGAGUUCGAUAUUCAUUCCCCCGGCUUCUGAGACGCACAGUAUCCUCUGCUGGGAAUGAGGAGAGCCCUCAAAGUUACAAUGUGGUGGUGGUUGGUGGAGGACACGCGGGCACGGAGGCUGCUGCAGCGGCGGCACGGACCGGAGCCAAAACACUGCUCAUCACUCACAAGGUGGAAACCAUAGGUCAGAUGUCCUGUAAUCCGUCGUUUGGUGGCAUCGGCAAAGGUCACCUGAUGCGGGAAGUGGACGCAUUGGAUGGAGUCUGCGGGAGGAUCUGUGAUGUAUCUGGAAUCCACUACAAGGUCUUAAACCGCGCCAAAGGUCCAGCCGUGUGGGGACUGCGAGCACAGAUCGACAGGAAGCUGUACAGACAGAACAUGCAGAAAGAGAUUCUGAGCAUGCCCGGUCUGACAGUGAGAGAAGGAUCCGUGGAAGAUUUAAUUUUGGAACCGCCAGAUCCUUCUCAUCCUGGAAAGUGUCAAGUCAAUGGGGUCAUUCUAGCUGAUGGCAGUAAGAUAUUGGCGAGCAGCGUGGUGCUGACAAACGGCACCUUCCUUAGAGGAACGGUACGAAUUGGCAUGGAACUCAUUUCUGCUGGCCGCUGGGGAGAGGAGCCUGCAGUGGGGCUUGCACAGACUCUGGAACGACUGGGCUUCACCGUUGGGAGGCUGAAGACUGGAACCCCACCUCGCAUCUUGAAGGACUCAGUAGACUUUAGUGUCCUGCCAAGGCACGAUGCCGAUAACCCACCUGUACCAUUCAGCUUCAUGAAUGACAAUGUCUGGAUCAAGCCUGAAGAUCAAAUUCCAUGUUCCCUGACCUACACAACCCCCAAGGUGGAGCAAAUCAUUCAAGAGAACUUGCAUCUGAAUAGUCACGUCAAGGAGACAAGUGUAGGCCCCAGGUACUGCCCUUCCAUUGAAUCAAAGAUAUUGCGGUUUCCUGGUAGAAGACAUCAAGUGUGGCUGGAGCCGGAGGGGAUGGAUUCAGAUGUGAUCUACCCCCAGGGGCUGUCUGUGACUAUGCCGGCCGAGGCCCAGGAACGGCUUCUGAGGGAGAUUCCCGGGCUGGAGAAAGCUCAUAUGCUUCGCCCAGGUUACGGCGUGCAGUAUGACUUCAUGGACCCUAGACAGCUCCGAUCCUCCCUGGAGACAUUCCUAGUACAGAGACUUUUCCUGGCUGGACAGAUCAACGGCACCACGGGAUAUGAAGAGGCUGCAGCUCAGGGGAUCAUUGCUGGGAUUAAUGCUGCCCUCAGGGUGAAAGGUCAGCCGGCAUUCACGGUCAGCCGUACGGAAGGCUACAUUGGAGUCCUUAUCGAUGACCUGACCACACAAGGGACCCGGGAGCCGUACCGCAUGUUCACCAGCAGGGCAGAGUUCCGCAUGUCUCUUCGACCGGACAACGCCGAUAUGCGUCUUACUCUUAGAGGAUACGAAGAAGCAGGCUGCGUGUCUCAGGAGCGGUACGAUCGGACGCGAGUGACCAAAGAGACACUGGAGAAGGGCCUAGCUACGCUGCGCUCUAUACAGCUAGCAUCUCCGAAAUGGCAGCAGCUCAUCCCUGAAGCCCAAAUAAGCGUCUGUCGUGUAGGCAUGCUCAGUGCCCUUGAAUUGCUCAGGUACCAUGGAGUGGAAGCUAAGACUCUCUACAGAGUGUUCCCUGAACGUCUGCAGAAAUUCAUCGAAAGGCAAGACAUAGCUCAGCGGCUGAAGAUAGAAGCUAUGUAUGAAGUGCACAUCGCUUUCCAGCAGAAGGAUAUCACCGAGAUUCAGAAAGAUGAGUCUUUGGUGUUGCCGGAAGACUUGGAUUACAUGGACCUUGACGCUGUCCUGUCUCAGGAAAUCAGAGAGAAACUGACGCAGAGUCGGCCUGAGACGAUCGGAGCAGCUUCUCGCAUUCAAGGAAUGACACCGGCCGCCAUAUUGAAUUUGCUUCGGUAUGUCAAAAACAGCAGCCGGCGUGUGAAUAAACAGAGGCCUUAUGUGGAAAGAGGACCUGUCGUAGAAACCAACACUCUUCAGGAACACCAUGUAUAGCACAUCGCCAAUGAACUGAUCAUCAGUCUGUUACAUGAACUUCGGGGAGGGGGGGGGGGCAUUUAUAUAAGUU